AUGUCACGAACAGUAGUGCAUCUGAACGACGAGAUCCCGGAGGUUGUGCUGAUGAAUGUCGAAGUAUUUAACUCACUCUUCAUGUCGUAUUGCAUGCAGAACACGCCUUCGAUAUGGACAACACUUGGUUUAAUAGCGAUUGACGGCGCACAAAUGAUUGCCUCGAUGCAUGACGUUGGGAAAAUUAUUAAACGAAUGGAGAUUGUACGGAACCGGGUGGCAGCAGAGCGCGCUCGAGAGUCUGGCGAAGACGCAACAGCUGUGCAGCUAAGACGGAUCCAAAGAGCGACAAUUCUUGGAUAUACAAUGGACAUUAUAACUCGACACCAACUUGGCCAAGCCUCUGCCGUCGAGGUAGCUCUUAUCCUUAUUGGGCCUUCGUCCACGGGAGUUGUGCCUUUUUGUGCGAAGGCUGAGCCGAAAAAGCAAUCGCAAUCAGCUAUUGUUUUAGUCCGAUCAAAGCCAAAAUUUGGUGCUCGUAAGGUGUUUUCAUCCGCAAAGGCAGACGUCACAUCUUUGGAGUUAAAUUACGCGCUGAAUGUUCGAAAAGUGCUGUAUAUUACGGAGUUUGUGAUAUUGAUCAACUACGUCGAGGUCAUCGUCCCUAUUAUUUUUUCGGCAAACCUAUUGGUGAUGUACCACCUCCCGAACCGCGUAUACUACUCUCAAAUCGUCAGUAUGGAUGACGGAAAACUUCGCAAGACGGUCGAGAACGUGAUGUUGUAUUGUCUCCUCCAGCUCCUUUCUCUUAUUAUUCUCUUUCUGGUUUUGUGGCGACGACUGCGAAUCUCAGGACUUCGGCAACUGGCCUUUGUUCUAGAAAAACAGUGUGAACAGGUGCAGACAAAACUAAUUUUCUGGGUAUUCUACAAUGUUCAGGCGACACUGCAACACUUCGCAUCGGACUACACGUUCAAGUUCGCAUGGCUUAACAGCACACGACCAUGA